AUGGCACUCAUUGAAAUCACUGUCAUCUCAGAUCCAGUAUGCCCAUGGUGCUACAUUGGCUACCGCCGCCUAACCAAGGCCAUCCGCCUAUACCAAAAGACCUACCCCGGGGGAAGCCAAGACCGCAUCUGCAUUUCCUGGAAACCGUACUUUCUAGACCGCGAUGCUCCGAUGGAAAGUGUUCCCUACAUAGAGAGAAUGACCCAAAGACUUGGAGCCGAUAAAGUCCCUGCCGCAAAAGCUCGGCUGGAGCGACUAGGUGCCCAAGAAGGGAUCUAUUUCAAGUUUGGAGGACGGUUUGGGAAUACUCUGCGUGCGCAUCAACUGCUUUUGUUGAGCGAGUUCGUUAGUCGGCAAGGGAAGAUUGAUGGUUGUGGUGCUCGCGAUACUGCUACGGCUGUUGCUGAAGGCAUUUUCCGGGCCCAUUUUGAGGAUGAGCUGGAUAUUACUGAUGUGGAGACCUUGGUGCGUGUUGCCGUGCACGCUAGUGAGGGGUAUUUGGAUGAAGCCAAGGUCCGGUCCUGGCUUGAACAGGGACAGGGAGUGGAGGAGAUUGAUGAUAUGGCGACAAGGGCUCGUCAGGAAGGAGUUCACGGUGUGCCAUGCUUUCAGAUUGGCGGGGGAGAGAAUGCUGAAGGUGCGGUGUUGACUUUAAGUGGUGCUCUGGAUGUCGACGAGUUCUUGCAGGCCCUUAUAGCACAUAAAACAGGAAAGGGAUUGGAUUCUGCGGACAAGGUAUUGGGAGGUCAGGAAAUGACUUCGUGUUGA